AUGGCGGAGCGGUACAUUCCCGAGCAUCGCCGCAACAACUUCAAGGCCAAGAGCACCUUCAAGCCUGACGAGCUGCGCCGCCGUCGUGAAGAGCAGCAGGUCGAGAUCCGCAAGCAGAAGCGUGAGGAGAACCUUGCCAAGCGACGAGGCAUUGGCGCUCGCGGUGACGGUGCUCCUGGCGCCUCGCUGGGGGCUGCGCCGGACAGCGACGAUGAGGGCAUCAAUACGGAGAGUCAGGUGAAUACCGCGCCACAUCAUACGCAGGAGCCCGAAACAUACUGACUGUGCCGCAGCUCAAUGAGGACCUCCCUCAGAUGGUCCAGGGAGUCUUCUCAGAGAAGAUCGACGACCAGAUUGCUGCUACCACCAAAUUUAGGAAGCUCCUCUCCAAAGAGCGGAACCCACCUAUAGAGCGAGUCAUCGAGACUGGCGUCGUCAGCCGCUUCGUCGAAUUCCUCCGCUCCCCACACACUCUCGUCCAGUUCGAGGCCGCCUGGGCUCUCACUAACAUUGCCUCCGGCUCCGCCCAGCAGACCCAAGUCGUUAUCGAGGCAGGAGCCGUGCCCAUCUUCGUCGAGCUCCUCAGCAGCCCAGAGCCAGAUGUGCGGGAACAAGCCGUAUGGGCUCUUGGUAACAUAGCUGGUGACAGUCCAAACUGCAGAGACUUCGUCCUGGCGUCAGGUGCGCUUGCGCCGCUGGUCCGCCUCCUUGGCGACAGCCGCAAGCUGAGCAUGCUUAGGAACGCGACCUGGACUCUUAGUAACUUCUGCCGCGGUAAGACUCCUCAGCCAGACUGGAACACCAUCGCGCCCGCGCUGCCUGUACUCGCCAAGCUGGUGUACUCGCUCGACGACGAGGUCCUUAUCGAUGCAUGCUGGGCCAUCUCGUAUUUGUCGGAUGGUUCAAACGACAAGAUCCAGGCCGUGAUUGAGGCAAACAUCCCACGUCGCCUGGUCGAGCUGCUCAUGCAUGCUUCGACCUCCGUACAGACCCCGGCGCUGCGAUCUGUUGGCAACAUUGUUACUGGCGACGAUGUCCAGACUCAACUCAUCAUCAACUGCGGGGCACUUCCAGCCCUGUUGGCUCUGCUCAGUUCCACUAAAGAUGGAAUCCGCAAGGAGGCCUGCUGGACCAUCUCCAACAUCACUGCUGGAAACAGCACACAGAUCCAGUCCGUCAUCGAUGCCAACAUCAUUCCACCAUUGAUCCACCUCUUGAGCCAUGGCGACUUUAAGACACGCAAGGAAGCAUGUUGGGCCAUCUCAAAUGCAACCAGCGGUGGUCUUCAAAAGCCCGAGCAGAUCCGCUAUCUGGUCAACCAGGGCGCCAUUCGUCCACUCUGCGAUCUGCUGGCAUGCCCGGACAACAAGAUCAUUCAGGUUGCCCUUGACGGUCUCGAGAACAUCCUCAAGGUUGGUGACAUGGACAAGGAGGCGUCAGAGGGUAGCGCCGAAGCACCGGUCAACCGCUAUGCCUUGUUCAUUGAGGACUGCGGUGGAAUGGAGAAGAUCCACGAUUGCCAGAACAACAGCAAUGAGGAGAUCUACAUGAAGGCCUACACUAUCAUCGAGAAGUACUUCUCUGAUGACGAGGGUGAUGCUGAUGUCAAUGAUCUCGCUCCUCAGCAAGGUCAGGACGGCCAGUUCGGGUUUGGUGCUCAACAGCAGCAACAGAACUUCAACUUUGCCAACGGCGGUGACAGCAUGGACAUGUAA